GUUGGGGGCCCGAGGAAGAAGGCGCUCUCCCUGUUGGAAGCGGCCCGCUCCCGCUACGAGAGCCUGCAGAUCUCGGACGACGUGUUCGGCGAGUCGGGCCAGGACAGCAGCGGGAACCCCUUCUACAGCACCUCGGCCGACUCGCGCUCCUCCUCUGCCGCCUCUUCCGAGGACGAGGACGAACCCACCACUUCCUCCAUCUCCUCCUCCUCUGCCGCCGCCGCCCCGCCGCCUCCGCCGCCGCAGCCCCCGGCCCAAGAGGUAGAGGCAGAAGAGCGUGGAGGCUGGACCCAGACUUUGCGAGACACCCCUCCCCCUCGCUUCGAGGAUACCAGCGGUCCAACCAGAAAGAUGCCCCCCAAUUCCAGUGCCAUGGACUUCUUCCAGCUCUUUGUCCCUGAUAAUGUUCUUAAAAACAUGGUGGUGCAGACAAACAUGUAUGCCAAGAAGUACCAGGAGAGGUUUGGGAGUGAUGGGGCCUGGACAGAGGUGACCCUGACAGAGAUGAAGGCUUUCCUGGGCUACAUGAUCUCCACAAGCAUCUAUCACUGCGAAUCUGUUCUCAGCAUCUGGAGCAGCGGCUUCUACAGUAACAAAAGCAUUGCCCUUGUCAUGAGCCAGUCCCGCUUUGAGAAGAUCCUUAAAUAUUUCCAUGUGGUGGCUUUCCGAUCCAGCCAGACAACACAUGGCCUCUACAAGAUCCAGCCCUUCCUAGAUUCCCUACAGUAUGGCUUUGACUCUGCUUUUAGGCCUUCCCAAACCCAGGUGCUACAUGAACCCCUGAUUGAUGAGGACCCUGUGUUCAUCGCUACAUGCACAGAGCGAGAGCUGCGCAAGAGAAAAAAGAGGAAAUUUAGCCUUUGGGUCAGGCAGUGUUCCUCCACAGGCUUCAUCAGUCAGAUUUAUGUCCACCUGAAAGAAGGCAGUGGGGCAGAUGGUCUGGAUACUCUGAAGAAUAAGCCCCAACUCCACAGCAUGGUGGCUAAGAGCCUCUGUCGGAAUGCAGCAGGCAAGAAUUGCAUCAUCUUCACAGGGCCCAGCAUCACCAGCCUGCCCCUGUUUGAAGAAUUUGAGAAACAAGAUAUUUACUGCUGUGGACUGCUGAGUUCCCGAAAAAGUGACUGCACUGGCCUACCUCUGUCUAUGCUGAAUAACUCGGAAGUCCCCCAGAUUCGGGGACAGUAUAGAAUAAAAAUGAAAGGAAAUAUGUCUCUGAUCUGCUGGUACAACAAAGGGCACUUUCGUUUUCUGACUAAUGCCUAUUCACCAGUUCAACAAGGAGUGAUUAUCAAGAGGAAAAGUGGAGAGAUCCCCUGCCCUCUGGCUGUGGAAGCUUUUGCUGCUCACCUUAGCUAUAUCUGCAAAUAUGACGACAAAUACAGCAAGUAUUUCAUUUCUCAUAAACCAAACAAGACCUGGCAACAGGUAUUCUGGUUUGCCAUCAGCAUUGCGAUCAAUAAUGCCUACAUCCUGUAUAAAAUGUCUGAUGCCUACCACGUGAAGAGAUACAGUCGGGCACAGUUUGGGGAAAGACUUGUAAAGGAGCUGUUGGGCUUGGAGGACACCUCGCCAGCUCAUUGAUGCAUCAUCCCCCAGCCUCAGGGCCUGGGUAAGGGACCCACGUCAAGGGAGAGGGAAUCGGAAUUAGAAGAAGAGAAUCUACGGCUCUGGAUGUCCAGUCAGGGACCUGGGGACGUCUCCCUGCUUGGAAAAAUGACACUGCGAGGCCUUUCUAGGAAUAGAAUAGAGACUUAGUCAGGAGGAGUAGCUGGUUAUCUGGGGCUUCCAUGAAAGAAGAGUGUCCCCCCUUUCCCCAUCCAGAAGUUGCUCCACAGCUGCAUUGUGCCAGUCCUUCGUGCACCAGACCUGGGUUUUUUUCGGUUGCUAGCCAUUUAUACUGUCACUUAUAUCUGUUCAAUAGGGUGUAAGGCUCCUUAGGACACCCACUUGAAUCUAGCAAGUGAGCUCAGGCUCCAAAGAGAGGAGACUUGACAGACGUGGGGCCCCCCACUAUGACCAAGUGCUCCCCGUUGCAGGGCAUGCGGUAACAUUACAUUGGAAAAUGGGGAGGACAUUUAGAUAAGACUGUGACAUCUUUUGACAUCACGGCAUGUCAUCUGAUGAGGGUGAAAUCAGCCAGAAUGGGUGUUCAUUCUUAAAACCAUUUAGAUCUGAAUGGAAGACCCUUGGGUUUUCUCUAGUUUGUCCAGGCAAAUCCUAAGCCUGGCCAUUUAGGAAGAAGAAAAAAAGAAAAGCUAUUGAGACAAAGUGAUGGAAUGAGCUGUGGUUGAAAAUGGUUUGCCUAGUCUAAUUAAUAAAUGAGGUAUUAUUGAUGACUUUGGAGUCUUUUGCCUCAUGUGAAG